UCAAAUGGAUAAGAAAGUUAAUCAAGAAUCUCGAAUAUCUCGUAUGUUUUUUGGGGGAUUUUCCAGUGCUACGGCUUUAUUAAUAACACAUCCUUUGGAUUGUAUUAAACUUAAUGUUCAAGCUGGAACAUGGAAGGCGAGAGAAGUCAUAAGAUAUUACUAUUUUUAUAAAAAAGGAAUGUAUAAGGGAAUUUUGAGUUCCAUGUCACGGUCUAUGGUGAAUUGCAAUUUACGAUUCGAAUUGUAUGAAGAGGCUAGAAGGCGUAAUCUCCUGAAUUCAAUGGAGAGGAAAGUUCUAGCUGCAUCCUUGAGUGGAGCUAUAGGCGGAUUUUGUGUGACUCCGAUGGCUAAGGUUCACAUACGGACACAAACCGAUAAUGUCCUGCCACCUGAUAAAAGAAGACAUUAUACAAGUUUAAGUGAUGGACUUCAACGGAUAUACCAUGAAGGAGGUAUCACCAAAAUGUUCGCUGGUGCUGGGAUAUCUUCAAUACGUGGUGCAAUGAAUUCUAUUGGACAAAUAGCCCUAUAUGAUGAGACAAAAUUCCAGCUUUUAAAACAUCCAGACAUGUUUAAAGAUAAUUUUUCAACAAUGUUCAUCUCAUCAGUUGCCGCGGGUUUUGCUGCAACCUUGCUGCAACAACCUUUUGAAGUUGUACAAACGAAAUUGCUGAGUGCAGCAAAGUACAGAAAUUGCAUGGAGGUUAUUAGAGAAACGAAACGGAAAAACGGAUUGAGUGGAUUUUAUAAAGGACUUGUUCCUGGAUUUGUUCGAAUAAUCCCUCAAACAGUAAUCACUUAUCUGGUUUGGGAACAAUUGCGAAUAAAUUAUGGUGAACUUGUAUAAGGUAAAUGU